CUCAAGAGCCAUUUUUGUCUACAGUAAGGUUAAGUUUUAUACGUGGCGUAAACUAACUUCCACUGUAAUAAUCUAACGUGUUUGCGGUCAUUAAAUUGUUUUGUUUUCUAUUUGAAAAUUAGGUUGGAGUUUCCUGUUCUUUUUAUAAGCAAAAUCCCUCAGCUUGAUCUCAAAUGAAAGGAUUCUGUUGUAACAUAUUGUUAUUAACCCUAAUCUCCAGUGGUUUUCCACUCAAGAAUAAGAAAACAGAAAGGAGUAAACCACUGUGUCAAUUGGCAGCUUUCCUAGAAGGUGGCACCAUCCCUCUCCGAAUAGAUUCUGGAGUGAUUUCUCAAGAUGGCGAUUUUCUAGAUUGUAGUCAGUCUGAAAAAGAGAAAUGUAAAAACAUGGUUUUGAAUCAGGCUCAACAAGGCACUGGAAAUGGCAAUCUGACACUAAUCGCUAAUGACGAUGAAGGUUAUACUAUUGGUGACAUUCUCUGUGACAAAGCAGACUCAGUAGAAGAAAACGUGCAGAAUAAAGAGGUCAGGAUAUAUUGGAGACUGUGUGGAGAAAGCUGGCAACGAACGCAUUUCAGGAUGUCUCAACACCUUUGCUGUAUUGAUGGACUUUAUGUUCCUUGCGAUAAAAUAAAGAAUUAUGGAUGAGAGAA